AUGGCGCCCCAAACAACCCUUGCACACAGCGACUCGCCCGCCGGCGACAAGGUUGAGGACUUUCGAAUCAUUGCCGGCACCUACGAGCGUCUACUCUACGGCAUCGACGCCUUCUGGACCGACGCCGGGUCUUCUCACCAGCCCGCCUCUGAAACGAGCCAAGAAGCCCCGGCCCCGCCUGCCCCGAUCACCCUCACGCCCGUCUUCAUCUAUCCGUCGCACAUCACCUGCAUCAAAUGCCUUGCCACCACCGGCCGGUUCCUGGCGACGGGCUCGACCGACGAGCACAUCAAGCUGUACGACCUGCAGAUCCGUAAGGAAAUCGGGUCGCUGAUGCAUCACAAUGGGUCGAUCACCUGCCUCAAGUUCUUCAAAAAGUCCCAUCUGAUUGCUGCCUCCGAGGACGGUACCAUCUCGAUCGUGCGCACCCGCGACUGGGAGCUGCUAUCGACCUUGAAGGGACACCGAGGUGCCGUGGACUGGAUCGACAUCCACCCCUCUGGCAAGGUGCUGUUGAGUGUGGCGAGAGACGGUCUCUUGAAGGUUUGGGACAUGGCCAAGGCCGUCUGCGCCCACUCAACUAAGCUGCCCAAACCUGCCGAGCGGGUGUGCUGGAGCCCCGACGGCGAUUACCAUGCCGUUUUGAUGGACCGAGUCGUGCAAAUCUCGGAUGUCGACUCUGGCGAGGUCGUCGGCAAAAUCGAAGGCAUCGGCAAGAUCACGACCCUGGCGUUUGUUCGUCUGGGGGAUGCUGCCGGCGCCCUGGGCGAAGGCGUUGAUGCGACCAGCCAAGUUGUCUUGACCGGCGGCGAAGACAAAACCGUCGGCGUUUGGUCGCUCCAAGGGCGCUGCCUGGCUCGCUGGGAUACCGGCCACGGCUUCCGCGUCAAAGAUCUGCAUGCCCUCGAGGGCUCUCCUGACUCUGGGGUUGCUCGGCCAACGGUGAUCGUCACUUGCUCGUCGGAUGGUGGCAUCCGCUUGUGGAAC